AUCCCCCAAAACACUGUUUGAUAAGCAGGGUUAGAGUGACACAUACACACCCACACUCCUCACCAAACCAAAAAUGUGGCCAACCCGAAAAGUUUUUCAAUCCUCCACCCAAUUCCUCCAUCCACCAUUGCCGCCACCACUAUCACAGCUCCCUCCCACAAAAAUUACAGACUUACCCACCUCCCCACCUCUUCUCCUUGUCAAAUGCUGCCAUCAAUUCUCACGUCGAGACCUCGCCAUUUUCACUACGUCUUCUCUCGUCCUCUUGCCACCAGACCCCUUCCACCUCCCCAUGGCCCAAGCUGAAGAACCCCCUUAUGUCGCCGAAAAUAGUGAACAGACAGACAAUUCAACCACCAUUUCUAGUACUGAAGAAAACCCGCAAAACAUCGCUGAAAAUAGUGAACCAGUAGACAAUUCAACUACCAUUUCUAGUACCGAAGAAAAUCCCCCAAACGCUGCCGUAGACAAUUCAACCGGCAUUUCUAGUACCAAAGAAAACCCUCCAAACACGGCCGAAAACAGUGAACAAGCAGAAAAUUCAAGCACCAUUUCUACUAGUCCUAGUUGCAUAGACACAACUCCAACAAAACAGGCAUUUCUCGACAUAUCUGUCAAUGGAGAACCCAUUGGCCGAAUUGUCAUUGGCCUAUACACCAACACCGCUCCAGUAGGCACUGACAGGUUCAGUGACAUCGUCAGUGGGGCCGCUGGAAUCAGUUACCGGAGGAAAGAAUUCAUCAAAAUCACCCCCAAUUACGUCCAACAUGGUGGCCUGAGAUCGUACGGUGUGGAUGCUGAGCUUGCGAAGACAACGGGGAGUGGUUUGGCAAUUGACAGGCUCAGAUCUGAGUGGGAGAGAGUGAAUGGGGUUUGUCCGGGGACGAAGAAUUUGGCGGGAAGUGUGAGCAUUAUUGUGAGAGAUCCAUUGAAACCACCUCCAAAAUUGAAGGUGGUUGCGAAGAAUGGGAGGUUGGAGAUUGAUGAGGAGGAGAUUGGGAGUGAUCCGAACGGGACGGAGUUUGUGAUCGCGACGAAGGACUCGCCAGAGUUGGAUGCGGCGGCGCUGGUGGUUGGGAGAGUGUUGGAGGGGAUGGAGGUUGUGAAGAGGAUUGGAGAGGUGAAGACUGUGCAGGAGAAUACUAGUUCUCCUUAUUUCAGAGUGGCUAAGCUAAUCGGAGAUAAAAGGGCUGUUGUUGCAGAAAGAGGAUUCAACCGCCCUUACUCGAAGGUGGUGGUCUCAAAUUGCGGCUUGUUGAACUGACUCGGAAAACUGUUCGAAUCCUCAUAUCCGGAUAUAUUCCAUUUUUUUGUAACGAGAGAACAAAUUUAUGCAAGAAAAUGUAUUCUAUGGCUGCUCCUCCCAACAAUUCAAUACAGUAUUUCAUUAUAUGA